UUAUAUUAUAUAUAUUAAAUAGAAUUAAAAGUAACCCAGUGUUAAUCAUUGAAAGACAUUAUAGAAAUAUCAUUUCAAUAUUUAACAAUAUUAAUUUCUCGCAUAUUAAUUGAUAAAUACGCGAUUCUGAAAAACAAAAUGUCUAGUAGUGAUACUGGUAAUGACUCAAAAUCUGAGACAACGAAGAUGACUCACAGGGUGCAGGUAAAUAUUAAUUUUCAAAUAAUAAAUUGUUGCAGAAAUCCUUCUAUUUAAGUGGUUUUACAGAAAUUUAAGAGUUCUUGUAUGCAAAUGGAAGAAUACAGGGCAUGGCUGCGACCAGUUGAAAACAACCAAUAUAGAGCGAGAUGUGCGCUAUGCAAUGCAGAAUUCAUAAGCGAAUUAAGUUAUCUGGAUUUCUAGCAGAACACAAUAUUUCGUUUCUUACUAUGGACCACUUAUCCCCAUUACUUUCCAAAAUAUUUCAUGAUUCUAAAAUUGCUAAAGUUCUAGUAUCGAAGUUGAUGAAGAUGAAUUUGUCAUAGACGGUUGAAAUAUAAAUUUUUGAAAAGAGGACACAUGAAUGCAAAUCAUAUUUAUGUUACAAUGGAAUCAGAAGGUUUUACAGAAGCAAGUAGCAGUUCGGCCACCCCCAAACGUAGUGGUAGUAAGCUGAGCCCCUUAACCAACCAGAGAAUUGAAAGAAUGAAGGCUAAAAUCAAUUCUUUGAAGUGCAAAAUAUUUAGGCGUAAAGUUCCCCACUGUUUUUGCAAAGGAAGACCCAUCGAGGCUACCAAUAGAACAAAUAUCUCAAGAUUGAUAUGUGAAUCAAAACGAUACCUUUCCAAAGAUGCUCAUAUUAUUUUUGCUAAUGAGUUGAAAGCAAACUUUGUUAAUAAAUUCAACAGAAGAUAUGAUGAUGACUUGAAAGAAAUGUGCUUGUUAAGUGAAUACAAAAAAUCAAAAACUAAGAAAUCUAUGCAAUGAAUAAUGAUUCACAUUUAAGAUUACUUAUAUAUUACUUAUUUUUAUGUAUAUAUUCUUCUGUACAUUUUAUUAUGUUUAUUCAAUUGAAUUAAAAAUUCCACUAAUUUGACAAAGCAUUUUUUCUUUCUCUCCCUAAUCUUUGAUUUAGGGCUUAGUUAAAUUUUGACAAGUUUAAAUUACAAUUUGUAGGUUAGGUAUGGCCAUAGAAUAGAAAGAAUUGUUUAUCUCUUUCUCUAUGUACUUCUGUGGUUCUGUGUACGGUAAAAGUGUCCCAA